AGACACUGCCAGUUUGUUCCUGGGAGUCCCAGGCUGGCAUCUGUUCAGCUGUCACAUGGGCACUGAAUGCCUGGCACCCAGGGCUGUCCCAUGGAGUACCUGCUGAGAGCAGGGUGUCUCUGGAGACUCAAGGUCACAGCUCACCUGGGUGCUGGACAGGCACUGUGGCAGUGCCCCUCUGAGUGGAGGCCGCUCUUGGUUAGGACAUAAGAGGCACAGACCCUGGUGUGGAUGGAAAGCUAGCCGCGUGUCCCAGGCAGGCUGGGGCCAUGGACGAUGAGAACCGUGCCGGUGGUAGUAAAAAGGAAAGGAGAGCCCCACCGCAGAGAGGCUCUGGACUGGAAGCCACCGUGAGGCCGGACAUGCCGGGCACAGGGAGCAUCCAGGACCCAUGGCGCACCCACUUGGCCAUCCACCGUCUCCGCCACUCCACCUGCUGGAAGAAGCUGUCUCUUCCCAAGGCUGGGCAGCCUGCCUCGGACCCACGGGUGCCGUUGGAGAAAGGCACUGAUGGCCAGGUGCCUCCCAAUCAGGACCCCCAGAAAGAGCCUUCUCAGCCACUGGUCACCCCAACCCCCACGGGUGUUCCUCAGGACACGAAGAGUCCUGUUGGACCUCGGGGAGCGAGCCACUACCCUUUCCCAAAGAGAAAAGCCCCUCACAUCUCUGAGGCUGCCAGGAGGUUGGGCCUCUACAGACCCACCUGAAGCCCCCAGCAGGGUAGGUCUAAGGACAAGAGAAGCCCACAGCCCCCAAGUUGUCAGGGCCGCAGACGCCAACGGCAUGGCAUCAGCUUCUUUGUGACUGACCAAAGAUCCCCUCCAUGGCCUCAGGGCAGAGGGAGGCAGUCGUCUGGCUCGGUUUGCCCUUCUUCCUUUGGAGCCUGUUCUCUCUUCUGGCUGGAGAAGGGGAGAUGGGCUGCCCAAGGCCAAGGGCAGGAAGAGGGCUCUGUAGGAGGUCUUGGGGCUCUUCACAACAGAGGGUCUGGGGAAUGUUGGUGGUAAAUAAUGAAGCUGUCCUACUGGAAUAUCCCCAAAGCAGCCACAUUGAUGAAAAAAUGCCCAGACCAAAUAAA